AUGGCUAACGCAAAGGAAAAAGAAUUGGCUGAAUGCUUGAAUGUAAAAACAGAUGAGAAGAAAACUAUAGAAGAUGCAUUGGUAAAUUCAACUGGGAAGCUUGCUGAAGCAGAAAAUCUGCUAGAAGUCUUGAGGAAUGAAUUAAAUCUGACUCAACGGAGACUUGAAGGCAUCGAAAGUGAUCUUAAGGCUGCUGGACUGAAAGAAAGUGAAGUUAUGGAGAAGCUUAAGUAUGCCGAGGAACAAUUAGAGAGACAAGGCGGAGUAUUAGAGCAAACUACUGCAAAACACGCAGAGCUUGAGUCUUUACAUGAAACCCUAACUAGGGAUUCUGAGCUGAAACUCCAAGAAGCAAUUGGAAAUUUCACCAGCAGAGAUUCUGAGGCAAAAUCUUUGUAUGAGAAAGUGAAAACCCUUGAAGACCAGUUGAAGAAUUAUGAAGAUCAGAUUGCUGAAGCAUCCGAGAAAUCUGCAUCUGUGAAGGAAGAAUUGGAUAAGAUUGCAGUGAAGCUGGCUUCUUCAGAAAGCACCAAUGAAGAACUCAACAGAAAGAUCUUGGAAGCAGAAGAUAAAGCAGCACAGUAUUUGUCAGAGAAAGAAUUGUUAGUUGAGACAAAUAUACAGCUCAAAAGCAAGGUUGACGAGCUUCAUGAUUUAGUAAACUCGGCUCAUGCAGAAAAGGAAGCCACUGCUCAUGAACUUGUUUCUCACAUGAACACUAUUACAGAAUUAACAGAAAAGCACUCAAGAGCCUCGGAACUGCACUUGGCAGCUGAAACUCGCGUCUCAGAAGCAGAAACACAAUUGAAAGAAGCCAUUCAAAAAUUAUCCCAUAAAGAUUCUGAAGCCAAAGAAUUAAACGAGAAGCUAAAUGAUCUUGAAGGCCAGACAAAAUUGUAUUCCGUGCAGGCUCAUGAAGUUUCAACACUAGCUGAAACACGGAAGAUUGAGCUAGAACAAACUCUCUCCAAACUGAAGGAUCUGGAAAGCAUCAUUGAAGAACUUCAGAGCAAGUCUGGUAAAUUUGAAAAAGAGAGUGAAGGGUUAGCGGAAGCAAAUUUGAAGAUUACUCAGCAACUGGCCUCAUAUGAGUCUAAACUGAAUGAUGCUGAAACAAAACUUUCUGCAGCAUUUGCCGAGAAGGAUGAAGCAGUAGAACAGGUUCACUCUUCAAAGAAAACAAUAGAAGAUUUGACACUGCAGCUUGCUUCUGAAGCGCAGAUGUUACAAGCACAGAUAUCAACGGUUAUGGAAGAGAAUAACCUGCUCAAUGAAACAUAUAAAAAUGCCACGAAGGAACUUCAGACUGUAAUACUUCAACUUGAAGGACAACUGAAAGAACAGAAAUCAAGUGAAGAUGCUUUGAAAGCUGAGUUGGAAAUUCUGAAGGCUGAGAUCGGUGAGAAGUCAGUGUUGCAAAAUCGUUUGAAGGAGCUUGAAGAACAAUUAUCAAUAGCCAAGGCUCGAGUGAAAGAAGAGGUUGAAAGUGUUCGGGUAGCUGCAACUGCAAGAGAAACAGAAUUGACUUCAAAAUUGGAGGAUCAUGUGAGUCAAGUCCGUGAUAGAGAUAUGUUAAGCGAGCAAGUGUUGCAACUUCAGAGAGACCUACAUCAAGCCCAAACCAACAUGGCCGAACAGAAAGAGGCAGAUUCUAAGAAGGAUUCAGAAAGAAAAGCUGCUUUAGCGGAAAUUGAAGCUAAGAGCAAAGCGGCCCUAAUUCUAGAACAGCAAGUUAAGGAGCUUGAACAAAAAUUGCAGCUGGCUGCUAAAUCAAAAGAGAAGGAUCUGGGAAGCAAUCUGACUGAACUAAGGGAUGACAUCGAGGUGAAAUCUAGGGACAUUGGGUCAACCAUUUCGACUCCAUCAAAAAGGAGGAGUAAGAAAAAGGCGGAAGUGACUUCCGCUCAAACCUCAUCCUCCACAGUGACUAACAAUCAAAUCACUGGGGAUUCUCCGACAAUGACCUAUAAGUUCAUACUAGUUGUGGCAAUUGUGUCAGUGAUCAUCGGCGUAAUUCUUGGAAAAAGAUACUAG